AAAUGUUAACAAUGGAUAAGUGCAAACACAUUGGGCAGUUGGAGCUUGCUCAAGACCAUUCCAUCCUCAACCCUCAGAAGUGGCAUUGUGUGGACUGCAAUACAACUGAGUCAAUUUGGGCUUGCCUUAGCUGUUCUCAUGUUGCCUGUGGAAGAUAUAUUGAAGAACAUGCACUCAAGCACUUUCAAGAAAGCAGUCAUCCUGUUGCAUUGGAGGUGAAUGAGAUGUAUGUUUUUUGUUAUCUUUGUGAUGAUUAUGUUCUAAAUGAUAAUGCAACUGGAGACCUGAAGUUGCUACGAAGUAUGUUAAGUGCAAUCAAAAGUCAGAAUUAUCAGUGCACCACUCGUAGUGGAAGGGUUUUGCGGUCUGUGGGUACAAGUGAUGAUACUUACUACUUACCUGAUGGCACCCAAUCUCUCCUUCAAAAUGAAGAUCAAAUGUAUACUGCCCUGUGGCACAGGAGAAGGAUAUUGAUGGGUAAAAUAUUUCGAUUUUGGUUUGAACAAUCACCCAUUGGAAGAAAACGGCAAGAGGAACAAUUUCAGGAAAAAAUAGCAAAAAGAGAAGUGAAGAAAAGACAACAAGAAUUAGAGUAUCAAGUUAAAGCAGAAUUGGAAAAUAUACAUCCAAGAAAGAGUUUACGUUUGCAAAGUCUAGCUCAGUCUACUACCGUAGAAAUAGUUCCUGUUCAAGUUCCACAACAAACCCCAGCAUCACCAGCAAAAGAUAAAGUAGUAUCUACCUCAGAAGAUGUAAGAUUAAAAAAAGCCAGUGACUCCUCAGGUAAACGAAGGCCAAUAGUAACCCCUGGUGUAACAGGAUUGAGAAAUUUGGGAAAUACUUGCUAUAUGAAUUCUGUUCUUCAAGUGUUGAGUCAUUUACUUAUUUUUCGGCAAUGUUUUUUAAAACUUGAUCUGAACCGAUGGCUGGCUGUGACAGCUGGUGAUAAGACAAGAUCACCUUAUAAGCAUCCACCAAUCACAGAUGCAGUAUAUCAAAUGAAUGAAUGCCAGGAAAAAGAUACAUGCAGUUCUCUCUCCAGACAUCCAAGUUUAUCCUUAGGACUAAGUGGUGGAGCAUCCAAGAGUAGAAAUAUGGAACUUAUUCAGCCAAGGGAGCCCAGUUCACAAUACAUUUCUCUCUGUCAUGAAUUGCAUACCUUGUUCCAAGUCAUGUGGUCUGGAAAGUGGGCCUUGGUCUCACCAUUUGCUAUGCUACACUCCGUGUGGAGACUUAUUCCAGCCUUUCGUGGUUAUGCCCAACAAGAUGCUCAGGAAUUUCUUUGUGAACUUUUGGAUAAAAUACAACAUGAACUAGAGACAACUGGUACUAGGUUACCAGCUCUUAUCCCCACUUCUCAAAGAAAACUUAUCAAACAGGUUCUGAAUGUUGUGAAUAACAUAUUUCAUGGACAACUUCUUAGUCAGGUUACAUGUCUUGCAUGUGACAACAAAUCAAAUACCAUAGAACCUUUCUGGGACUUAUCACUGGAAUUUCCAGAAAGAUACCAAUGCAGUGGAAAAGAUAUUGCUUCCCAGCCAUGUCUGGUUACAGAAAUGUUGGCCAAAUUCACAGAAACUGAAGCUUUAGAAGGAAAAAUCUACGUAUGUGACCAUUGUAACACAAAGCGUAGAAGGUUUUCUUCAAAAUCAGUUGUACUCACAGAAGCACAAAAACAGCUUAUGAUUUGCCACCUACCUCAGGUUCUCAGACUACAUCUCAAACGAUUCAGGUGGUCAGGACGUAAUAACCGAGAGAAAAUUGGUGUUCAUGUUGGCUUUGAAGAAAUCUUAAACAUGGAACCUUAUUGCUGCAGGGAAUCCCUGAAAUCCCUCAGACCAGAAUGUUUUAUCUAUGAUUUAUCUGCUGUAGUAAUGCACCAUGGGAAAGGAUUUGGCUCAGGACACUACACUGCCUACUGCUAUAAUUCUGAAGGAGGGUUCUGGGUACACUGCAAUGAUUCCAAGCUAAGCAUGUGCACUAUGGAUGAAGUAUGCAAGGCCCAAGCUUAUAUCUUGUUUUAUACCCAGCGAGUUACUGAGAAUGGACAUUCUAAACUCUUGCCUCCAGAACUCCUGUCUGGUAGCCAACAUCCCAAUGAAGAAGCUGAUACCUCUUCUAAUGAAAUCCUAAGCUGAUCCAAAGACAGUGGGGCUUUCUUCUUGUGAUUUUAUAUAUACUUUUUAAAAGGGCUUACAAUUUUGAGCUUG